AUGGCAAAGCUACCAUCAUUCCAGAGGCGAUCAGAACGGCCGGUGUACGGCCGGUCCAGGUCGACGGUGCUCUGGCAUCGGACCAUACGCUCUUUACUCUAUCUGAUAGCCUGGAUUUUCUUGCUUCUGGUUGUCAUUGGCAAUGUUUCCGACAAACCGGUCCUCCGACAGAUCUACUUUCUCAAAGUCGAUCUAUCAAACAUCGUUCCUUUGUCCGUCCCAAACGCCGUUCUCAUAAACAGUAUUGCCAGAACUAUCGGCCUUCAUGACUUCUAUCAGGUGGGACUAUGGGGUUUCUGCGAAGGAUAUAUGGACUCUGGGAUCACCCGUUGCUCCAAACCAAAAACCCUAUAUUGGUUCAACCCGGUCAAGAUCAUCCUGAGUGAGCUGUUGUCGGGAGCUACCAUUGCGCUCCCAAGUGAUAUCACCGAUGCCCUUAAAAUCGCUCGCCUCGCUUCUCACUGGAUGUUUGGUCUCUUCAUCGCAGCCACUGUCCUGAAUUUCAUCCUGAUCUUCCUCGCUCCAUUUGCCGUCUCCUCUCGUCCUCCUCAGACAAUCUCGCCUGAUCCUAGCGUCAACGAAUUGCAUCCUCCGCACCGGCGGCGCACCUUCCUUUUCCUUCGGGCCUUUCCUUUUCUCAUUCUUACUUUCCUCGCCGCUCUUUUCACCAUUGUUGCCUCAGUGGUUGCCACGGUCAUGUUCAGCAUCUUCAAGAACGUCUUCACAUCGUCAGGAUACGAUCUCAACAUAGGGGCUGAAUUGGGGUCCCGGAUGAUGGCGUUCAUGUGGAUUGCGUCGGCAGUCAAUCUCCUGGCUUUCAUCUUAGAGCUUGGUUCAUGUUGUGCUGCGUGUUGCGGCGGCCGCAAGGCUCGGAAAGAGCUCAAGUCCCUCAAGAAGACAGAACGAGGAGCUAUAAACGAAAAGGGCAGCCCCCAUAGUCCUGCGACGACCGUAACAGGUUGA